AUGAGUGUAUUUAUUGCUGGUAUUAAACCUGACAGUGCCUGUGGUAAAGAUGGUAGAAUACAAGUUGGUGAUGAAUUACUUGAGGUAAAUGGUCAUGUAUUGUAUGGUAGAAGUCAUUUGAAUGCAUCAUCUAUUAUCAAGGGAGUAACAGAGAGUAAAGUGAAAAUGAUUUUACUUCGUCGACCUGAUUUUUUGGAACAUAUGGCUAUUAAACCAUUAAGAAUGGGACCACCUGUACAGAAAGAGGUCAAUGUCAUUAUGGAGAUGAUCCUUAUCGAUGUUCAUGAUGAUCUGAAAUCACAAGAAGCACCUCCACCUGUACCAAUAAUAGUUAAAGAACCAGUGAUAGAAUUAGAAGAGCCUGUGACCAUUACAUUACAAAAGGGUCCACAAGGUUUAGGAUUUGGUAUUGCUGAACAUACACGUGAAGGUGAUACUGGGUUUAUAUAUGUUAAAUCUAUAACUCCAGGUGGAAUAGCUGACCAGGAUGGUCAGUUGACAGUGGGUGAUCAUAUUAUUGAAGUUCGUGAUAAAUCACUCUCAGGCGUCACUUAUGAAAAGGCAAUAGAAAUUUUACGCACAACUCAGGGUAGUGUUAGAUUAAAAGUUAGAAAAAUCAAGAAGAAAGAAGAGCCUAAUUCUGUGAUGCAAUUAUCAAAUAUGCUAGGUGAAUCAUCAACUGACCCUGAUCAACCUGAAGAAGCUGUUGUAGAUCCUUUAACUUGUGAAAUAACUCCAGGUAGGGAAACCUAUAUAGAAAUAGAGAAAGGUAGAACUGGAUUAGGACUGAGUAUUGUUGGUGGAUCAGAUACUUUACUGGGAGCUAUAAUAAUACAUGAAGUAUAUGAUGAUGGAGCAGCAGCUAGAGAUGCUAGAUUGUGGGCUGGUGACCAGGUUCUAGAGGUCAAUAAAGUAGACUUACGUGAUGCAACACAUGAUCAUGCAAUCCAAGUAUUACGUCAGACACCACCCCGUGUUGGAAUGAUUGUAUAUAGAGAUGAUAACCAAGUUAGAGAAGAAGAUAUAUAUGAUGUAUUUAGUGUUGAGCUAAUGAAACGACCAGGGAAAGGGUUAGGAUUAAGUAUUGUUGGAAAGAAGAAUGAUGUGGGUGUUUAUAUAUCAGAUAUUGUGAAAGGAGGGGUAGCUGAAUCUGAUGGUAGAUUGAUGCAAGGUGAUCAAAUUUUAUCAGUAAAUGGAGAAGAUAUGAGAAAUUCUACUCAAGAAUAUGCAGCAGCUGUUUUGAAGACAUUAAUGGGUAAAGUGUCUCUAACAGUUGGAAGAUUAAAGGCUGGCUCACGGACUUCAUCUAGGAGAAAUUCGAACUCUCCUGGUCAUGCGCUUAAAAAAUCAGAAUCUUCAGCGAGCAGUCGGUCAAAAGGCAAACAUUCUAAAAAAACCUUAUCUGUUGGAAGUGAAGAAACAGGAUUAAGAACUGUGGACAUAAAACAUGAUGAGUCUGGAACUCUUGGAUUAAGUAUUGCAGGAGGAAUUGGUAGUUCUUUAGGAAAUGUACCAAUAGUUAUAGCCAACUUAGCUCCUGAUGGUCUAGCAGCCAGGUCAGGCGAAUUAAGGAUUGGUGAUAAAAUAUUAAUGAUAAAUAAACAAUCAACAGAUGGUAUGACUCAUGAUAUGGCUGUUCACAUACUUAAAACAUCAGCUAAUCUUCAACUACAAGUCUUACAAUGUGAAGAUGUCACUGUGAGUGUUAAUGGACAGAACUCAAGAACAGUUAGUAUGGAUAUAUCUGAUAAAGGUCAUUCUGAUAUUGAUACAGAGAGUCAACCACCUCAAUGUAAAACUAUAGUAUUAACUCGGGGUGCUGAUGGUUUAGGGUUCUCUAUAGUUGGAGGUUAUGGAAGUCCACAUGGUGAUUUACCAAUCUAUGUCAAAAAUGUUUUUACUAAAGGUGCAGCAGCAGAUGAUGGUCAAUUACAGCGAGGUGAUCAAAUAGUAUCUGUUAAUGGACAUAAUUUAGAUGGAGUGACACAUGAACAAGCAGUCGAUGUUCUUAAAAAUGCUAAAGGAAAAGUAACUAUUAUUGUAUUAUCAUGAUAGAAAUCCAUCGUCACAACAAUUGUUAAGUUUUAACUGUAUACAUGUAUAUAGAAUGUUUCUGGAGAUCAAAAAGUGAUUUAAAAUGACCGAGGCCUACAUGAUUAAUAACUGCCAUUAAUUUCAUUAUAUUUACCAUUUUGAUGUUGUAAUUUGUACAGUUUGAUAUCUUGUUAGCUUGUAUUUCGUUUAAAACAACUGGUUGUGACUUUAGUUUAAAUUCAAUAUUGUCUGUAUGUGGUGAUAACUUGACUGGAACAAUUAUUAGAGAUGAGAUGUUCAUCUGAUACGUUCUACUUUAUAUGUUUAAUAUCAUAUUGACAGUAAAUAAAAUCUGGUCAUAAUGCUUGUGUUCCUACACGUCUCUAUUCUGUAUUGUAUACUAUAGUAUUUCAGUUUUGCUCAUUACGAAAAGUAUGUGUUGAUAUCAAUGUAUUGAAGGUUAUGUGCCAUUUAUUUCAAUGUUUUUGUUUUAUUUUCCUACAAAUAUUGUUGUUAAUUAUUCCAUAUCAUAGAGACACAUGUUAUAAAUAUUAUACUAAUUAACUUGCUAGCAUUCCUUACUAUGUAUAUAAUAGAGAUUGUAUAUAAAUAAAUGUUAUUCAAAUGACAGAUGUUUAAAUAGACAUUGAUAAUGUAAAGCUUAUUAUAUUUGGGGGUAAGAAAUGUUACAAUGUAAGCUUAAAAUUAUGAUGUUUGAAAUGUUAUAAGGAUUAUAAAAUGAAAUGUUAGAAUGUAAAAUAUAUGGUACUUAGGUGAAGAAAUGUUAUGAUGUGAUGUAAAGUUUAUGAUAAUGAAGUUUUGAAAUGUAAAACAUGAUAAUUAAUAAAGUAUAAUAUAAAGCUUAUGAUAAUGAGAGUUGGAAAUGUUUUAUUUCUAAUAUCAUUAUAAAUUUUGAAGUAAAAUUUUUAAAUUAUGUUAUAAUUUAGAAUAUGAUUUAUUUAGUGGCAAACAAUUUGAUGUUGAAAGCCUUUUGUUGUUGAAGCAAAAUUUUGCAAUACUUAUAUACCUAUUCUCUUGUUUAUUGCUUUAUAAAGAUGCAAUAUCUCUAAAUAUAAAGGAUGAAUUUGUGAGAAUAAAGUUCUUUCUCUUUUUAUUAUCAAAACAUCAGAUCUUAAUUGUCUGUUCAAAUAUACUAUUGUUAAUUUCUUUUAAAAGUCUUCCUUAUUUAAUUUACUUCUUACUAAGGUGAAACUUUUCUACAUAUACCUUAUGCUUGAUUAUGCUUCUUGAAUGCAUUUUAACAAGAAGAAUUUUUCUUGAAUGUUUUAAAGUUGUUCUUACAGUAAGUUAGUAGAUUUCAUUGCACACCAUACUCUCUUGUUAAAUCCUAUGCAAUUAGGUUUUAUGCUAAUGCUUGAAAUGCUAUGUUUCCGUGUUCAUGUUUUGUUAAAAUAGAAGCUUAAAUGAAGGGUUAGUUGGUAUUAAAUGAGCCUCUGAACAAUGCUUGAUUGAAUGUACACUCAAAAUAAUUAUUAUUUACAUAUAGUGAUAUAUAUGAUUCAGAUUUUAUAUAUCUUGUUUUUGUCAGUUAUUCAAGAUGAAUUUAUAUAAAAAAUAAAAUUUAUUAUCAGAUUC